CGCUAGUGCUGGCAAAUACCUGUAAAAAUUAUUCACUGUGAACUUUGGAAAGCACAAAGCAGUUCGUGCUGCUUGGCAUUGUCGGCAUCUAAGUCUAUAUAAACGGCAGAGGGUGCAAAUUAGAAUGAAAAUCUUUCCAGGAAAAAAACAGAUAAAUAUUUUCCUGCUAACUAGCUUUCUCUGAAGUUGUAGCUCUUCCUACUAAUAAGACAUGGUGAGCAGAAGGAAUUCACCUUAUGAUUGUGGCCAGCUGAUAGUUGAAAUCACCACUACCACUUUCACCAGAGCGAAGAAGAGGUGGCGGAUGGCGUAUGCAGCCUUGUAUGCUGUAAGGGUCAUGCUAUCACUUCCCAAAGAACUUAUGUAUAAGAGGAGCAACUACUACAAGGGCUACUCUGAGAUCUCUGAGGAUGGCUCUUUUGUUGGAUUCCAAGCUCUCAAAGGAAGCCAGCGGGAUAGGGAAGAUUUAUACUCUGGCCUUGAGCAUGGGGCAAAAGGCUCUGCACCACUGGAGCUACAAGAUUAUGAGUCUCGUUCUUACACUUCCCUUGACGUGAAACCAAGCACUUCUCAUGAUGAAACUGGUCAUUAUGGUUCUGUCCCCAACAACAUUGACCAUGAAGGACUUGCAAAAAUGGUGAAGGAGAAAGACUUGGUUGCUCUAGGAAAGUUUGGAGGAGUUACUGGCAUAACCACUUCUCUUGGAACAAAUACAGAGAAAGGGUUACCAGGCAACGACAUAGAAAUCAGCAAACGCCGCGACUUAUUCGGCUCAAAUACAUACCCAAAGCCGCCUUCAAAAGGGCUCUUCUAUUUUGUGGUGGACGCUCUGAAAGACAUGACGAUUCUGAUUCUAUGUGUCUGUGCGGCACUUUCUUUGGCAUUUGGAAUCAAAGAGUAUGGAGUGGAGGAAGGCUGGUAUGAAGGUGGAAGCAUCUUUGUUGCUGUAUUCAUUGUCAUUGUUGUCUCAGCUCUGAGUAACUUCAGACAGGAAAUCCAAUUCGACAAACUGUCUAAAAUAAGCAGCAACAUCAAGGUUGAGGUAUUUCGAGACAGACAGCGACAAGAAAUCUCCAUCUUUAAUGUUGUGGUUGGAGAUGUAGUAUUCCUUAACAUUGGAGAUCAGAUUCCUGCAGACGGUGUGUUCUUAGAUGGCUACUCAUUUCAAGUGGACGAGUCCAGCAUGACCGGGGAGAGCGACUAUGUAGAAGUUGAUUCUACAAAGAAUCCCUUCCUCUUGUCUGGUGCAAAGGUGGCUGAUGGUUAUGGUAGAAUGCUGGUCACAUCAGUUGGGAUGAACACUGCAUGGGGCGAGAUGAUGAGCUCAAUUUCGCAGGAAUCAAAUGUAAGAACUCCAUUACAAGCUCGGCUAGACAAACUUACCUCUUCAAUUGGAAAGGUAGGCCUUGCAGUUGCUUUCUUAGUUCUUCUAGUCUUGUUGAUUCGUUAUUUCACUGGCAACACAAAAGAUAAGAAUGGCAAUAAGGAGUAUAUUGGUAGCAAAACAAAAACAGAUGAUGUGUUGAAUGCAGUAGUGCGGAUUGUAUCUGCUGCAGUCACUAUAGUGGUGGUGGCAAUUCCUGAAGGCUUGCCACUGGCUGUCACACUAACACUAGCUUACUCUAUGAAAAGAAUGAUGAAAGAUCAGGCAAUGGUUAGAAAACUAUCGGCUUGUGAGACAAUGGGGUCAGCAACCGUUAUCUGCACUGACAAAACAGGAACUCUGACACUAAACCAAAUGAAAGUAACUAAGUUUUGGGUAGGCCAAGACUCUAUUGCAGAAGAUAAUUCAUCCAUCACACCAAAUGUUCGUGAGUUGUUCUAUCAAGGAGUUGGUUUGAACACAACUGGGAGUGUUUUCAAACCUCUUACAGGAUCCAAACCCGAAAUCUCCGGCAGCCCAACAGAGAAGGCAAUACUCUAUUGGGUUGUUUUAGAUUUGGGUAUGGACAUGGAAGAACUGAAGCCCAGGUAUGACAUUCUCCAUGUUGAAACAUUUAAUUCAGACAAGAAACGAAGUGGGGUUCUUAUAAAGAAAAAAAAUGACAACACCAUCCAUGUGCAUUGGAAAGGAGCUGCUGAGAUGAUAGUUGCAACAUGCUCAAGGUAUUAUGAUACCAAUGGAACUGUAAAGCCCUUGGAUGUAGAUACAAGGUCUAACCUUCAGAAAAUUAUCCAAGGGAUGGCAGCUAGUAGCCUCCGAUGCAUUGCUUUCGCUCAUGCACAAAUUUCAGAGGAAGAAAUUGAAUACAGUGAUGACGACAAGACUCACCAAAGGCUCAAAGAAGAUGGGCUGAUCUUGCUGGGGAUAGUUGGUCUCAAAGAUCCAUGUCGACCAGGGGUCAUCGAUGCUGUGAGAGUCUGCAAGGCUGCAGGUGUGGACAUCAAAAUGAUAACUGGAGACAAUAUUUUCACAGCAAAAGCUAUAGCUACAGAAUGUGGAAUACUAAAGAAAGAGAACCAACCUAGUGAUGGACAAGUUGUAGAAGGAGCCGAAUUUCGAAACUACACUGACGCAGAAAGAAUGCAGAAGGUUGAUAACAUCCGUGUGAUGGCAAGGUCCUCCCCAUUCGACAAGCUUUUAAUGGUACAGUGUUUGAAGCAGAAAGGUCAUGUGGUUGCAGUCACUGGUGAUGGUACAAAUGAUGCACCUGCAUUGAAAGAAGCUGAUAUAGGACUUUCCAUGGGAAUCCAAGGAACUGAGGUGGCAAAAGAAAGCUCGGAUAUCAUCAUCUUGGAUGACAACUUCAAUUCUGUGGCCACGGUUUUGAGAUGGGGGAGAUGUGUUUAUAACAAUAUACAGAAAUUCAUCCAAUUUCAACUAACCGUUAAUGUUGCAGCUCUAGUAAUCAACUUUAUUGCAGCAGUUUCAGCUGGUGAAGUUCCCUUAACAGCAGUUCAAUUACUUUGGGUGAAUCUCAUCAUGGACACGCUAGGUGCUCUGGCUCUUGCUACCGAGCGACCAACUAAUGAGCUAAUGGAGAGGCUACCUGUGGGCCGCACCGCUCCACUCAUAACCAAUAUUAUGUGGAGGAAUCUUCUAGCUCAAGCUCUAUAUCAAAUAGCUGUUCUCUUGAUCUUGCAGUUCCAGGGCGAGUGCAUAUUCAAUGUCACCGCUGCGGUGAAUGAUACUUUGAUUUUCAAUACCUUUGUACUAUGCCAAGUUUUUAACGAGUUCAAUUCAAGGAGCAUGGAGAAGAAGAAUGUAUUCAAAGGUAUCCUCAGGAACAGACUGUUUAUUGGGAUUGUGGGGGUAACUAUUGUUCUUCAAGUUGUGAUGGUGGAGUUUCUGAAGAAGUUUGCAGAUACAGAAAAGUUGAAUGUUCAGCAAUGGGUAGUUUGUAUCGUAAUAGCAUCUGUAUCAUGGCCACUUGGUUGGGCUGUGAAGUUUGUACCUGUUUCAGAGGAUCCAUACUUCAGAAUUAUCAAGAAGUCACUCGUCAGAUUCAAAAACAUUUUGUGAAGGUUUUGGGGUUUAGGGUUCCAAACUCUGAGCACUAGCCCCAAACCGUGAGCCGCGAAGACCAGACACCCGGACAUGGAUUUUACUCUCAUGGUGGGUCUAAGAUCCAAGUCCGAGUGUCCGGUGGUUGGGGCUCAUGGACACAGCCAAUAGCUUGAAGUUUCAAAUUAGUUUGUAGGACUGGAACAAGUAUACCUAACUUCUAAAUCCCCUUUUAGUUAGUUGGAUAAAGAGUGCUCACUCAUUCCCAAAUUAUAUGAAUGCCCAUUUUUAUUGUAAU